GCUCGUGGCUUCCGGAAGAAUCAAUGCGAAAACUAAAAAGAAAUUGCAAAAAGACACCAAACCCAAGUCCAAAGCCACCGCGCAGCAGCCCGCGACAACCACCGCACCGAGCUCGUGGAGGGGGGGCGGCCAUGUCGGUGGGAUGCGGGCUGGAGUGCGUGGUGUGCCUGGGGUGCGCGCGGUGGGCGUGGAAGCGGCUCACCUACAUCGGUGCCUACGACAGCGAGACCUGGCCGACGGCGUCGCCCGCCGACUUCGAGCCCGUCCCGCGCGUCUGCCGCCUCGUGCUCGCCAUCUACGACCCGGACCUCUCCAACCCCAAGUUCGCGCCGCCCGGUCGCGGGUACUUCGACGUCGACCCCAAGGGCGUCGUCAAGCGCGCCACCUACGACGACGUCGGCACCGCCUGCCCGCCCUACAUCGUCUACGUCGGCCACGCGCACAAGGAGAUCAUCCUCGCCGUGCGCGGCCUCAACCUCGUCCGCGACGCCGACUACAAGGUGCUGAUGGACAACAAGCUGGGGAUGCAGAUGUUCGACGGCGGGUACGUGCACCACGGCCUGCUCAAGGCCGCAAAGUUCAUCCUGGAGCGGGAGACGGAGACGCUAAGGUACCUGCUGCGGCAGUACGGGCCCGAGUACAAGCUCAUCUUCGCCGGCCACUCGCUGGGCUCCGGCAUCGCCGCGCUAAUGACGGUGCUGGUGGUCAACAACCGCAAGGAAUUCGGGAACAUACCCAGGAGCCAAAUCAAGUGCUACGCGCUCGCGCCCGCGCGGUGCAUGUCGCUCAACCUCGCUGUCAAGUACGCCGACGUGAUCAACUCCGUCGUGCUGCAGGAUGACUUUUUGCCAAGAACACCAACACCAUUAGAGUACAUUUUUGGGUUUAUCUUCUGCUUGCCCUGCUUGCUAUUCCUCAUUUGCUUGAGAGAUACAUUGAAACGAGACAAGAAAAAAUUUAAAGAUCCGAGAAGGCUGUACGCUCCUGGGAGAAUGUAUCAUAUUGUUGAGAGAAAAUUUUGCAGAUGUGGAAGAUUCCCGCCUGACGUCAGAACUGCUAUUCCAGUGGAAGGACGAUUUGAGCAUGUUGUGUUAUCAUGCAGUACCACUUCUGAUCAUGCCAUUGCUUGGAUUGAACGAGAAUCACAAAAGGCUUUAGAGCUAAUGAUGGAAAGGGAGAACGCAGUGACUCCACCUCCGCAACAGAAGAUGGAAAGAUUGCAAAGUUUUGAGGAGGAGCACAAGAAUGCCCUGCAGAGAGCCAAGACCUUAGAUGUUCCUCAUGUAGAGGAAAUUCAGGAGGAUGAUAGUACUGCACCACCCUCUGAUACUCAUAGUGAGACGACUACAGAACCAAAAUCCACAGGAAGAACCAGUUGGGACGAACUGAUGGAUAAACUUUUCACCAGAGAUGAAGAUGGAAAACUUGUUGUGAAGAAGGACAUCAUGGCGAGGGACAUCGCUAUCGAGUGAUGAUGAUUCUGGGACUACUUUGCACAUGUUAAUUCAUUCUUUUAGCCAGCUGUUUAAAAGAGUAAGUUGUGGUUUUCAUAUUGAGUCUUUUUGAGGUUGAGUCUUUUUUUUCCAAGGGCUAUCUCGCUUAUAUGUAGAGACAUCAUCUUCUGUGCAUUUGGCCAAGUCUUGUAAAUUUAUGAGCAGACUUUGUACACUGUUCCCAUCAAUGGAUCGCAAAUUCAGAAUUUAUUCAGGCAAAGCAGGAUGUAAGGGUGGUUGUUUAUUGGAGGGAGCAGAGAAGGGGAUCACGAUCAUGGAGUUCGUGGUGGCUAUGGUGGGCGGUGGCUAGGAUUUUGGUGUAGGGAGGCGGCAGUGUGAAAGAGAGAAAGCGAGGUUUGGUUAGGCGCUAGGUGUCUGGACGGCAAGAAGAGGGUUUUUUUUUUAAUUUUUGUUUAUCUCUUUAUUGAUAAUUUGUCUCUAUAUAAGGCGGCUAGGUUUGGGCAUAGGGAGGUGGU